AUGGAGCGUUUCUAUCUCAAGAAUGCAGCAAAAUAUCAAUCGCUCGUAGAUGCGUUUGAUCCCAACGCCAAGAUACGAGUCUCUACAGGAGAGGCGGGUCCCAAUAUGGUUGUCGGUGCCAGAAUAAGACCUUUGUCAAAAGACGAAGCAUUCCCGUCUGCCAUAUUCCUCGCGCUCUACAGAGAAAUGUGGUGGAUAUCCAUGAUCUCUACAAUCACCCAAGAGGAUCUCCAAUACUGAAAGUAAGAAGCGCAGUAACAUUACCAUUGAACGUUGCUUUACUGUGCUAAUAUUCGGUUUUUACAGUCUUUUGACUACGAAGUAGAUUACCUCUUCGACUCAGGGUCAACCACGGAAGUGAUUUAUGAUAAUCUUGUAGCCGAUCUAGUUCCCUUUUCUUGGAAUGGCGGGAUCGGUACUCUCUUCGCCUACGGCCAGACAGGCUCAGGGAAAACAUUCACAGUCAGUAGAAUAGAGAAACUUGUUGCAGAAACAUUAAUGGAUGGGAAUCUGGAAGGCGAGAGAGAAAUCUACAUGACCAUCAUCGAUCUCGCUGGAAACUCUGCUUUUGAUCUUCUGAAUGAGCGUACACCUAUAUCACUUCUUGAGGAUUCCUUUGGUGUUACGCAAAUGGUGGGGGCAGAUGAGUAUCAGGUAUACGAUAGAGAGGAUAUGAAGGAGCUUGUCGAACGAGCCACUGCUUUCAGACGGACAGCACCAACGCUCAAAAACGACGCUUCUUCGCGAUCACAUGCUAUUUGUCGCAUCCGUAUUUACGACCCAGCUACCAACUCAGAUGGCCUUCUGUAUUAG